CUGGUGGGUUCUGGGGGAGACUGUGCAGGGAGGCUGGAGGUUUUUUACAGCGGCUCAUGGGGGACAGUGUGUGAUGACUCCUGGGAUAUUAAAGAUUCCCAUGUGGUGUGCAGACAGCUGCAGUGUGGAGUGGCCCUCAGUAACCAGCAGGUACCAGCCUGGUUUGGUCCUGGUUCUGGACCCAUAUGGCUGGAUGAGGUGGAGUGUGAGGGGAAUGAGACGUCCCUGUGGAGCUGCUCUUCUCCAGGCUGGGGAAAACAUGACUGUCAACACAAGGAGGAUGUAGGAGUUGUGUGCUCAGAUUUUAAGGAAAUCAGGUUAACUGAGGGCUGUGAAGGGAAUGUGGAGGUUUUCUACAAUGGAUCCUGGGGUAAUGUGUGCUGGAACCAGAUGGAGAGAGACACAGUGAGUCUGAUCUGUCAAGAGCUGAACUGUGGAAGAUCUGGUGAUUUUUCUGAUUCAGUAUCAAGAGUGAAAUCAGCUACUAACUGGUUGGAUGAAGUGAAAUGUCGACCACAUGAUUCAAAUCUGUGGCAAUGUCCAUCUUUACCGUGGGGACAAAAUGACUGUGAUGGAGAUGAAGUGGCCAAAAUCACCUGCUCAGAACAGGAGAGUCAUGAGUCCCCUCGUAGUUAUUUGAAAUGCUCUGCAUCUUCCUACCAGAGACAGUGUUCAGGCAUGUAG